AGAUUCAGCCGUAGGCAUGUUUAAUGCAUAGUGGCAUUCAUUCUUCCUCCUUUUCCUUUUUUCGAUGUUUUUGGCAACUGCCAUCACCCUUUUCAUAACGUCUACGUGCGUCAUUUUUCUUCACUCUUUCUUGUUGUCUUCCUUAGAAAUCAAACCCAACUUAUAUUCCUACAAAUCAUCCCUCUUUUUUUUCUUUUCCUCUCCCAAAGACCAAAGAUGGAUCAAGAAAAUACCAGAAGUUCGAGAGAAGAACUAAAUCAACCUUUAAUAUUAUCAGAAAAAACAAGUGGUAAAAACUUGACCAUCAAAGAAAAUGAUAAAGAAGAUUAUAGAGAACUAGGAGCAAGAGUUUGGGAAGAAUCUAAGAAGUUGUGGCACGUAGCAGGACCUUCAAUAUUUAGCAGAAUUGCCUCUUUUUCUAUGAACGUCGUCACCACCGCCUUCGCCGGCCACCUCGGUGAUGUCGAACUCGCUGCACUUUCCAUCGCUAACACCGUCAUCGUCGGGUUUAAUUUCGGCCUCUUGCUAGGUAUGGCAAGUGCAUUGGAGACACUAUGUGGACAAGCAUUUGGAGCCAGAAAACUGUACAUGUUAGGCGUCUACAUGCAACGUUCAUGGAUAGUCCUCUUCCUUUGCUGCUUCUUACUCCUUCCUUUCUACGUCUUUGCAACACCGAUUCUCAAACUAGUGGGCGAGCCAGACGACGUCGCUGAGCUAUCAGGUGUAGUUGCCUUGUGGCUCAUCCCUUUACACUUCAGUUUCGCUUUCGUGUUUCCGGUGCAACGAUUCUUGCAAAGCCAACUUAAGACCGCGAUAAUUGCUUGGGUCUCAUUUGUAGCUUUUGUUAUUCACGUGAUCAUGAGUUGGCUUCUUGUGUAUGUGUUCAAUAUGGGCAUUAUUGGCCUAUGCAUUACCUUGAAUGUCUCUUGGUGGAUCCUUUUCUUUGGAGAAAUGGCUUAUGUUGCUUGGGGUGGUUGUCCUGAUACUUGGAGCGGGUUAUCUUGGCAAGCUUUCACAGAACUUUGGGAGUUCGUUAAGCUCUCAGCUGCCUCUGGCGUCAUGCUCUGCUUGGAAAACUGGUACUACAGAAUACUGGUCCUGAUGGUGGGUGGAUUAAAAAAUGCUGCAAUUGCGGUGGAUGCGUUAUCAAUUUGCAUGACAAUAAAUGGAUGGGAGAUGAUGAUUCCUCUUGCUUUCUUUGCUGCAACUGGGGUAAGAAUUGCGAAUGAACUAGGAGCCGGCAAUGGUAAAGCAGCAAAGUUUGCGACAAAAGUUUCAGUGAUAACUUCCACAAUAAUUGGACUUUUCUUUUGCGUAUUUAUCAUGGCAUUCCAUGAUAAAUUUGCAUACAUAUUCUCAGAUAGUGCUCCUGUCAUUGAAGAAGUUGAUAAACUUUCAUGGCUCUUAGCCUUUACUAUUCUUCUCAACAGCGUUCAGCCUGUCCUCUCAGGAGUGGCAGUUGGAUCGGGAUGGCAAGUAUGGGUAGCAUACAUUAAUAUCGGGUCCUAUUAUGUUGUUGGACUUCCUCUUGGAAUUGUGAUGGGAUGGGUGUUCAACACUGGUGUUGUGGGUAUUUGGGCUGGGAUGAUUUUUGGUGGCACUGCUCUUCAAACAUUGAUAUUAGGGAUCGGCACAAUAAGAUGCGACUGGGAAUACGAGGCACAAAAGGUAGUUGAUCAUGUAGAGAAAUGGUCCAGCAACCUCAGUAAAAUUGAUCAAGCUUAAAGCAACCAACUAAUUUUGGUCAAGUUGAUAAGAAAAGACAUGCAUGCGCUUUGCUCUGUGAUGCAUAGAUGAUUAAUGAAGGCGUUCGUGUCGGACAAAUACAUUAAUGCGAUUUUGGGGUUUACUUGAAGAUCAGCUUUUGCUAAACACAUAGAAAAGGCUUCAUUUUCUGAGUUACUAAAUUAGUUAAAUUUACAUAUUAUUUCCCUGUAAUUUGUAUGCCAUUAACAAAAAUUGUGAUGAUAUAAUUCAGUCAAAAAUUAUAUGACCAUUUGUUAAGUAAUCAAAAUGUAAUUUGAAUGGUGGACAAGUGAAAUUUCUAAAGUUCGUCCUAGUUAUAGCUAGUUAUAGUUCCCUCA